GGUGGACGUUCGAGCACCCUGGCUUGCCACUCAGGCUGCGAACGUUGCAUGCAUGGGCAAUCACCUUGGUGGACCCGAGCAAGUUGAGGAGAAGCAGCCGAUGGCGAACGCUCCUUCCACGUACGGCAGCUCGAAUUCUGGCGUCCAGACCCGUGACGCGGAGGAAGAAAACUUGCAGCGUGAGCUGCGCGAGCACGUGGAAGCUCGCCGAGUGCGAGGCAUCACGCUGCUGCUCAAGAAAAAACGUGCACUCGCGCUCGACCUCAUGGCGCGCGAGAUGAAGCGUACCAAGUCUGGCCCGCCGACGUACCAGUCGUCCGACUCGCUCUUGAAUCUUCCAUCGACUAGCGUUCAAGGCGCGGACGCCGUCGCGUUGGAUCGUGUUGACGACGACAACGACGACAUCGACCAAGUUUCACAAACUCCAGCCAGCAAGUGGCGCGUGUCCUUCGAAGUCGAACGCACGAGUCGGCUGCUGAUUUACGCCAAGCAAGAGUGGAAGCACGCCCAGCAACUAGCUGUGGAAGCCCAAGUUGGGCACUUCAUCAUUCGGUGCAUGACCCCCAAGGUAGUGCCCGCGGUCAAGAAGGGAUCGUCUGCAAAGAAGGCCGCCGGGGAGUCCAGUGGAAUACCAAAAUGCGCGGUAAACUUGGACGCUCCAGAGCUGGCCUUGCUCGAACUCAUCUACGAGUUCGUUGCCGGCGGGUACGAGCCCGCCCAGAACGCGUUGUAUCGUGCGAUGCUUGAGCUGUACGACGACGACGACAAUGAAGCGACGGCCGACGUGGACCGGAAGGACAUCUUUCUCCGCUUCCUCCUCAAGUACAUCCGCCUUCCCACCAUCAACAAGUUUUCCGUGCACUACCAAAAAAUGGCUCUUGCUAUUGUCCAGCUUCUGUGCGAGAAUCACAACCCUGUGUGGCAGACCAUGAUGCAAGAGCCUUGCGAGGACACCACUGUCCUCGCCGCGAUCAUCCGCAUCAUGGAAGGAACGAAGCCGUCCGACCCGCUCUUCGUCAAGUGCAUGCGAUGUCUCAUCGAAGCCUGCCAAGGCCCUUGUCCUGACAAUCAAGCCUUCGUCGUGACCUCCACCGCGACAACCUUAGUGUGCCAGGUGCUCUUGACAGACCCCACCUCGGCGGAGGCGUUGGACGUGUGGGUGUACCAAACCGCGUCGGAGUUGCUCUUGUCCCUCAUGGAAGGCCGCAGCGACAGCUCCGUGAACGCCGAACUUGCCCAUCUGUUCGACCCAGUCGUUGUCGUCGACAGACUCGUGACGUGUUAUCGCGAGCUGUGUCGAAUCUACGGCGUCGAACUGUCCUUUGAGCGCGACGACAUUCAUCGCCACGUCCUCUAUGUUCGGGCAAUGAGCAUGCUCGUUGUGGCCGUCCGCAUCAUGAGCCUCGAGGCGACGGCAGACCUCGUCUUUGACGAGCACUUGGGUCUGUCGAGUGGCGAGGACGACGACGACAGCGACGACGGCGCGUUUCUCAAGCCAAGCACGUCGAUGAGUUUGCCUGGCCCCGACACGGACAAGCUCGCGAUGCGGAAUCGUAUCCAGCGCGCGGUGCGCAACCUGUCCAAGCAAUCCAAAGAGUCCCACGUGACCCUUUCAUCAGCCAUCAAGAAAGUUGUAAACAUCAAUCGCGCCAUGAAACAGUUUGACCUGCGAUCGGUCCAAGGGUUCCGCACGCAAUGGGACGGCGCGAUCGACGACCGCAACGCACUCGGCCCAAUUCGGUUCUUUCACACGCAGUUGAUAUCGAUCGAACUUGUUGUGCAUGGGACGACCACGACGCUGUACUUUGUCAAGCCCGCGGACGCCAUGUACUUCGACGAGUUGCUCCAGAAUGAACUCCUGGACGCGAUGGACAUCGGCAGCGACAAGGCGAUGGAAGUUUUGUUGUCGGAGACCGCCAAGAGCAUCGACGAAGAGCUCAAGGUGAUCAAGCACCUCCGUCGACACGCCGUGUACGCAUUUCUCGCUCGGUGGCAAACCGAUUUGCGGAAUCGGCUCUUGAGUUUGUGCUUUUACAUCAACUUCGUCAUGCUGCUGCUGUUGAAAUGGGACGGCCCCGAGUCGUUUGUCUUCCUCCAGGUGCUCGGUAUUGCGUACUUGGCCGGCGCGCUCGUCCUGCUCGGGUUCUACGUGACCAAGCAGUUCAAUUUCAAUUACUGCAAGCAGCAGUUGUCGCUCACGAAGCUGCACUUUCGGUCGCCCAAAGCCAUCCGCGACCGGGUUUGGGAGGUGUGGCAGGGUCCGAUUCAAUGUUUCGAAAUUAUUCUGUGGACCGUGUCGCUCAUUGUGUACGUGAACGGUUGGAAUACGUACGGGUCGAUCGCAUGCUGUACCGUGGCGGGGGUCGCGAUGGCGCUGUCGACGCUGCGCGCGAUCCGCGAAACCUCGAACGUGUUCCGGUUCUCCGUCAACUCGGAGUCGUCGUAUGCCGAGUUGAAGGCCAAGCUGGGUAACCGCAUGGUCAAGACCAAGUUUCGGUUUUGGUACAGCGUCUUAUAUGACACGCUCUUCUCCGAGAGCGUGCUGGCGUUCCUGGCGUACUCAACGUGUGGGCUCCUCGGCCUCAUCGCCACCAGCCACCGGUACUUGUACUACGGGUUUCCGCUCCUGGACCUUGUCGCAACCAACGGCGGGUUGCGGUUUGUGGUCAAGGCAAUGACAACCAACACGUCCAAGCUCACCAUCACGGCGGUCUUUGGCGCGGUCGUCAUUUACGUGUUUGCGUUGAACGGGUUCUACUUCUUCCAGACCGAAAUGACCACGGCGAGUGGAACCCACGAGUGCCAUUCGCUCAUGCAGUGCUUUAUGACGCACAUCCACAAUGGUCUCCUCAGCGGCGGCGGCAUCGGCGACUACACGUCCAACAACCCACUCGACUACACGUUGAAAGCGUCGUAUUUUGGCCGCGUGGGCUACGACCUCGGGUUUUACGUCGUGGUCAUCGUUCUCUUGCUCAACUUGAUUCAAGGUAUCAUCAUUGACGCGUUCACGGCGGUGCGUGAAGCGUCCGAGAACAAGUUGGCACUGCAGCGCCAACAGUGCCUCGUCUGUAACCGGUCGCGGACCGUCAUCGAGGCCGACGGGAUGGAGAAGGGGGUGAUGAACUCGUUCGCGCGGCACACCGAGACCAAGCACAACCUGUUCAACUACUUCUUCUUUGUCAAGUACCUCAAGGCCAAGGACGAAACCGAUAUGAACGGAAUGGAGUCGUUUGUGUACGAGAAGAUCAAGACCAAGGACAUGUCGUGGGUCCCUCGCGUGUAGCUGCUGCUCCUUCCUGCGCCGCCAUGCGACCACCGACCAUAACAUCGCUAUGUAAUGCAAUCCCAUUGGCGUUCGCGUUGCAUGCACGUUAGGCGUGUGGCCGACAAGACGA